AUGUCGACCAAGCCCAUCUUUGUCGCAACGCACCCGCGUGCUUGCUCAACUGCAUUCGAACGAGUACGUGCUCUUCCCCCAAAUUUCUUGUCCGUGGUCAAGCUAGGAAUCUGGAGUAUCCCCGGGCAGACAUGCAUCAUCACUCCGAUGGCCACAGCUCCGACUAACCAUGUUCCUCUUCAGGUUUUCAUGACCCAACGCGAUACCAUUCAGUGCGUCCAUGAGCCGUUCGGCGAUGCUUUCUACUUUGGACCCGAACGUCUCGCCGAUCGAUUCGAAGACGACGAACAGGCUCGUAUCGAUAGCGGUUUCAGCGAGUCCACAUAUGCCACCAUUUUGGAGAGACUGGAAAAGGAACAAGCCGAGGGCAAGAGGGUCUUCAUCAAGGACAUCGACCACUAUCUUCUCCCUCCCGCUGGACGACCGGCCAGCAUUGCCCCCUCGCUCCAUCGCGUGAAGCGCGGGGUUGGCACUUUGGCCAACGGCGCGGACCACGAGCCGGUCGAGGGGGUGAAUGGUUCCACCAAUGGUUAUACCAACGGUCAUACCAAUGGUCACACCAAUGGUCACACCAACGGCCACGCUAAUGGUCAUACCAAUGGAACGUCAAACGGUGCAUCAGGACGGCCAUACCCCUACGAUACUCCGGCUGAGCCGGGAAACCCUACGGUGAUACCGCGCGAGAUUCAGGAACGCUUCCACUUUGCGUUCCUCAUCCGUGAUCCGCACUACAGCGUGCCCUCGUAUUAUCGCUGCACCAUUCCGCCUCUGGAUGACGUCACGGGAUUCUACAACUACGACCCCUCCGAGGCCGGGUACAGCGAGCUCCGACGACACUUUGACUACCUCGUUCGCGAGGGGCUUGUCGGACCUCGCGUGGCGACACGACCGGAUGUCAAGGUCGAGCAUUGCGGCGCCAAGGAGACCGUUCAUGAGAUCUGCCUGAUCGAUGCGGAUGAUAUGCUGGAUGCUCCGGCGCCGACCAUCGAGGCUUUCUGCACCAGCGUGGGUAUCCCGUAUGAUCCGUCGCUGUUGACCUGGGACUCGCAGGAGGAUUAUGAUUUUGCCUGUCACUGCUUCGAGAAGUGGCGCGGAUUCCACAAUGACGCGAUUGAGUCCAAGGCCCUGGUUGCGAGAACUCAUAAAAAAGCCCGCAAGACCGAAGAAGAGUUCGACGCCGAAUGGGUCAAGAAGUAUGGUCCCGAGGCCGCGGCACUGAUUCGCAAGGCUGUCGACGAGAACAUGGAGGAUUACCUUUACCUGAAGCAAUUUGCAGUGAAGGUCUGA